AUGGAUGACCUACACGCGCCGACUGUGGCCUCUGGCCCGACAUCCCGACCAACAGCAAACGGUACCGACUCGAAGCGAUCGCUCCAAGAGCUCAUCGCUCAAAAGGAUAACCUCGAGGCCGAGCUUUCAGCACUUGGCUCAGUGUUGGACUCACAUGGAGUAAACAUGAACACAUCCCUCAUGACUUUUGACGGAUUUCCUCGCGCCGACAUCGACGUUGCCCAGAUACGAACUACAAGAGCAAGGAUCAUACGGUUGAAGAACGAUCACAAAGCCUUGAUGGCGAAGCUUGAGGUCGCAGUACAAGAGCAGUUUGCAUCGUCGAAGCCAUCAGAGGACGGACCAAGUCUCGCCCACCGCCUCAAUACAACGACCGAGCCACGCCCUGUGCCAUCAGCAGCUCCAGUCGUUGAGCCGCCAUUUGCAAAGGUCAACUCUGUUGUGCCGGAUAGUCCAGCAGCACAGGCUGGACUUCAAGCUGGAGACAAGGUCACGAAGUUCGGCUGGGUCAACUGGUCGAAUCACGAGAGGCUGAGCAAGGUGGCCUACAUCGUGCAACAGAACGAGAAUCACGAGAUAUUGGUCAAAGUACUGCGCGAGUCACCAGCUUCCGAAAACUACGCAUCCGUCUGCAGCUUCGUCCUGUGCGACAGCAGCACGUUCCUCAAGUUCUGGCUCGAAGACAAGUGUCGAGAGACAUUCUUAUCCUUCCUUCCGAAGAGUGAUCUGGCGAGUCUGCGACUUGCCUGUCAUGACUUCAGCGUUCGGGCUGGCCCUGCGCUGUUCUCCGACCUCAGCAUUACUUUCAAGACGAACAUCUUCACGAGACCCGCAAGGCUAGCUGCAUUGGACCGGCUGGGGUUCUACGUCAAGACGCUGCACUUCAACUUGCCGCACACGGCGGACACAUUUCUCCCGCCGUUGAUUGAGCCGGAUACUGGUGCCGAGUUGAGCUUUACGUAUACUCCACAGGUGGAUGAGCCAUCUUCACCCAGACGGCCCAAAUAUGGGGACAUCGGCACGACAGAGAUCCUCACUCGCCAGUACCCGCCUUCCUUCCAUGCAGCAACGAAUGUACCUGCCUUUGUGCGAGCUUUCUCGUCCCUAAUCAAUCUGGAGCAUCUGGAGAUCAGCUGCCCUGGCUACGAUGUCCGGAACCGGUACCGGCGUAGCAUUGUCGACUAUGCUCUCAUUUCUCUUCGAAUCGCGGUUGAAAAGAACUCGCUCAAUUCACUGGAAAGCUUGACACUUUCACCAAUUCAUCCCGGCGGACUCAUGUACCUUUCGCCUAUCUUGGGCUUCGGUGCUUCUCCAAGAUCAGCCAGCCGAUGGUCCAGGAUCCGCCACCUUACCAUUCAAGUCGAUACUCUUCCAGUUGAAGGCGCUACCUGCGAGCCAGACCAGUUCAAGCUCCUUCAAACCUAUAUUCGUAAUUUCCAGAGUAAUCUCGAGAGCCUCAACUUUCGCUGGAUUGGCCACAAAGGGGAUCUGCCGGUCAAGCGUCCUAGCUUAGCAUCUGCGCCUUUGACAGGCGAGCAUCCCGCGUAUGCGCAAUCAACUUCAAAGGCUCGACCAAGGGGGCCGCGGCCUCUUCACUUCCCCAAGCUCAAGCGAAUCAUUGUCGAGAACAUCUCAACGCCGGCAGCUGACGUCGCCGCUUUUGUCGAAGCCCACAGACGCACGAUUGAGGAGCUGAAUCUCGAAGAUAUGGAGCUCACAAGCGGUACUUGGGACGAUGCCUUGGCACCAUUGAUCAAACGGGCUCGGAAUCAUAGGAAGCUGGAAACAGCAGAUAUACCAAUCAUGCUGUCACCGAAUGCAGAAUCGGCACCCUUUCCGACACCGAUGGAGAGAUUGGAAGUAGCGGAUCGUGAUGGCGGUCGCAAGAGUCUUCGAAUGUCCAAGUGGCUGGCGUCCAAGAGCAAGAACUCGUCGGCGAGGAAAGUCCGCGAGGGGCUCAUCGGUUGUGAGCAGCAGUUGAAAAAGAUGCUUCGAGGGAGUGCGUUCCCUUGGAGGUCAUGA